AUGCUUUUUUCUUUUUUUCCUUGGCCGGGUCUUUUUUUUUGCGUUUCUCAUUUUUUUUUUUUCUUCUUCUCUCUUUUAGUAAGCGUGUCAACUAAGCCAAUCAUUCUUUCCAUCCGGGAUACGCUAAAAGUAUACCUUUCCACAAAACGAUUGGUUCCUAAAUGUUGGGAGAUUUCUUCAACUCGCACGGCUCUUUUUUUAGGUGUCAAUUAUGGAAAUAAGACCGCAGUAGACACCCCCUUUGUUAAAGGUACACUAAACAAAUGGGCGCUCAAAUUGUUUGUUUCUGAUUUAGGACCUUCAAUAAAAAUUUAUUUCAAAGACCGCUUAAAAGAAAAUUAA